ACACUCUUUCUCACGUACACAAAUACACACACAUUUGUGUAGUAUCAUCCCCAGAUCCAAAAUCAUUCACGCUUCAUCCAUCCCUUCCUCUCCUCUCUCAAAAAAAUGGGAUUCGAAUCUUCGAACGGCACAGCAUCACCAAAACUGCUCAAAUUCCUCAUCUACGGACGUACUGGCUGGAUCGGUGGACUCUUAGGCAAGCUUUGCCAAUCCCAGGGCAUCGACUUCACCUAUGGUUCCGGUCGCCUUGAAAACCGACCCUCCCUCGAAGCCGACCUGGUUGCCGUUAAUCCCACUCAUGUUUUCAACGCUGCCGGCGUUACUGGCAGGCCUAACGUCGAUUGGUGCGAAUCCCAUAAAGUCGAGACCAUACGAACCAAUGUGGUCGGCACACUGACGUUGGCUGACCUUUGCAGGGAGAAAGGUUUGGUCUUGAUUAAUUAUGCUACGGGCUGUAUCUUUGAGUAUGAUUCGAGCCAUCCUCUCGGGUCGGGUAUUGGGUUCAAGGAGGAGGAUACUCCGAACUUUAUCGGUUCUUUCUAUUCCAAGACUAAGGCCAUGGUAGAGGAUUUGCUCAGGAAUUAUGAAAAUGUUUGCACAUUGCGUGUCAGAAUGCCCAUUUCAUCUGAUUUAGCCAACCCUCGCAAUUUCAUCACAAAGAUCACUCGAUAUGAGAAGGUAGUGGACAUUCCAAACUCGAUGACAAUCUUGGAUGAACUCCUUCCCAUCUCCAUCGAGAUGGCAAAGAGAAACCUUACUGGGAUCUAUAACUUUACAAAUCCUGGAGUGGUUAGUCACAAUGAGAUUUUAGAAAUGUAUCGGGAUUACAUUGACCCCGAUUUCACAUGGAAAAACUUCACUCUUGAGGAGCAAGCAAAGGUAAUAGUUGCCCCAAGGAGCAACAAUGAGCUUGAUACUGCCAAAUUGAAGCAGGAAUUCCCUGAGCUCUUGCCAAUAAAAGAGUCCCUUAUCAAGUAUGUCUUCAAGCCAAAUCAGAAGACAGCUGCUGCUUGAUGCCACCAAAGGGAAGUCAUGGAUGAACUGUUGUCCAUUAAGAAGUUCUUCGUUAUUUAUGUGUUCAAGCCGAAUGAAAAUGUCACAGGUGCUUGAGUUUUUUACGUUUGGAUAUUUUUGGUGUUUUCCUUGUUUCCAUAUAUUAAAAAUUGCUCAUGUGGGCUCAUUUGAUCUUUCCACCUUAGAGGUUCUUCUCAAAUGACAUGCAUAUUCCACCAUUUGUAUCUCUAUCUUGUAUUUGCAACUUGAUGAUGAAUAAAUUGGUUAGAGGUGAAUUGAUUUAUCAA